AGUGUCGUUCUCAGUCUCAUAAAGAAUUACGAACGUGCAGUGUGCAUACGCAGCGGUAACUCGCGAAUACAAUCUUUGAAGUAUAGAAUUGAACGCUAGUGUCUGGUUACACCGAAGUUGCUGAGAGAACAAGGAUAUCACAAUGUCGAAAGCGCCAGCAGUAGGAAUCGACUUGGGCACCACGUAUUCCUGCGUGGGUGUUUUCCAGCAUGGCAAAGUUGAGAUCAUCGCCAACGAUCAAGGCAAUCGGACCACACCAAGCUACGUUGCAUUCACGGACACCGAAAGGCUGAUCGGCGAUGCAGCGAAGAAUCAGGUUGCUAUGAAUCCCAGCAACACCAUCUUUGAUGCAAAGCGUUUGAUCGGCCGCCGAUUCGAGGAUGCGACGGUACAGAGCGAUAUGAAGCAUUGGCCUUUCACAGUGGUCAAUCAGGGCGGCAAACCUAAGAUCAAGGUUUCUUACAAGGGUGAGACAAAGACCUUCUUCCCCGAGGAAGUGUCCUCCAUGGUAUUGACGAAGAUGAAGGAAACGGCGGAGGCAUAUCUGGGCCAAACUGUAACGAACGCCGUUAUUACUGUACCGGCUUACUUCAAUGACUCGCAGAGGCAAGCGACAAAGGACGCCGGCGCUAUCGCUGGUCUGAACGUUCUCAGGAUAAUAAACGAGCCCACGGCGGCUGCGAUAGCGUACGGUCUCGAUAAGAAAGCUUUGGGCGAGAAGAAUGUGCUGAUCUUCGAUCUGGGUGGCGGUACCUUCGACGUGUCGAUCUUGACGAUCGAGGACGGCAUCUUCGAGGUGAAAUCCACAGCCGGCGACACUCAUCUUGGUGGCGAGGACUUCGACAAUCGAAUGGUCAACCAUUUCGUUCAGGAGUUCAAGAGGAAGUACAAGAAGGAUCUGGGUACCAACAAGAGGGCUCUGAGACGUCUGAGGACCGCUUGCGAGAGAGCGAAGAGAACGUUGAGCUCAUCGACACAAGCGAGCAUUGAGAUUGACUCGCUAUUCGAGGGCAUCGACUUCUACACGUCGAUCACCAGGGCCAGGUUCGAGGAACUCUGCGCCGAUCUGUUCAGGAGCACUCUUGAGCCCGUGGAGAAGGCAUUGAGGGACGCGAAGAUGGACAAGGCUCAGGUUCACAGCAUAGUCCUAGUCGGUGGGUCCACGAGGAUACCAAAGAUUCAGAAGCUGCUACAAGACUUCUUCAACGGCAAGGAGUUGAACAAGUCUAUCAAUCCGGAUGAGGCCGUCGCUUACGGCGCAGCGGUUCAAGCGGCCAUCCUGCACGGCGACAAGUCCGAGGAAGUGCAAGAUCUGCUUCUAUUGGACGUGACUCCAUUGUCACUGGGUAUCGAGACCGCUGGCGGUGUCAUGACCACUUUGAUCAAGAGGAAUACCACGAUACCUACGAAGCAGACUCAAACAUUUACUACGUACUCGGACAAUCAACCGGGAGUACUUAUUCAAGUUUAUGAAGGAGAGAGAGCGAUGACUAAAGAUAAUAACAUUCUUGGCAAAUUCGAACUUACGGGAAUUCCACCUGGGCCCAGAGGCGUACCACAGAUUGAAGUUACCUUCGAUAUCGAUGCCAAUGGCAUUUUGAACGUUUCUGCUGUUGAGAAGUCUACGGGUAAGGAAAAUAAGAUUACGAUCACCAAUGACAAGGGUCGUUUAUCGAAGGAGGAUAUCGAAAGGAUGGUGAACGAGGCCGAAAAGUAUCGAUCUGAGGACGAACAGCAGAGAGAAAGAAUCUCCGCUAAAAACUCUCUCGAGUCGUACUGUUUCAACAUGAAGAGCACGAUGGAGGACGAGAAAGUUAAGGACAAGAUCGACGCGUCCGAUAAGGAGAAAGUUAUUUCCAAGUGCAACGAAGUCAUCUCGUGGUUGGACGCCAAUCAAUUAGCGGAGAAGGAAGAGUUCCUCGACAAGCAGAAGGAACUGGAGGCUAUUUGCAGCCCUAUCGUCACAAAGCUUUAUCAAGGAGCACCUGGCGCUGGUGGAGCAGGACCCAAUCCUGGUGCCGGUGGUGCUGGACCAACUAUCGAAGAAGUCGAUUAAAUCGGCUAAUUCGUUCUUCCUCUCGCACAGCUUGGACAACGCCAAAUAUCGUUUUUACUUUACACUGGCCGCAUUGUUACUUGAUUUUUACAUAUUUAUUUUCAUUUAUUUCACGUAAAAACAUCGUGUUUUAUUAUUUUCUGAAAUCCAUCCAUAUGUUAUUAAUGUUAUCAUUAUAUUAUUAUUUUUGUUAUAUUAUUAGUUUUUGUUAUAAUAAAUAUUUAUAAUUACAUAAUUGAUGUUGUUCGAUUUAACUGUUGCUUCGUUUGUGAGAAUUUUUCUUCACGUUUUUUUUACUGAAUUAUAUUUCACUUCAGAUUUUCUGGUCGAUAAAAUUGAACGAGGAUUAUUAAGUAUGUAGUGAUCACACCGACGAACUGAAAAGAAAUUUACUUUACCAGAUUGCUAUAAUUAUCCUACAAAUAAAUAAUUAUAUACUCACA